GUAUAUUAUCAAUCGGUGAUGAAAUCAUAGGAAAAUGUUAUCAGUACAUACAUAAGUAAAUCUCCCAAGUGGUCUUACUUCAGAACCGUCGCAGAUUUGAAAGUGCUUGUUAUAUUAAAAACUUACUUUAUAUGUAAAUAAGCAUAAGGUUCCUGAUAUUCGAAUCACUCGAAAUAAUUUGUAAACUUUGCCCGAAAGAUGAGUAACGGACCGAUUGUGAUUAAAGUGGUGGCGCUGAUAGUUCUUCUUGUCGCCACCGUGGUGGGAUGUCAUGCUCAUUUUAACAACGAAUUUAAGAAAACCUGGGAUGACAUGCCGGGAUUUGCGGAUGAAUGCAAAGAACUAUCAGAAUGUCCUUCGGAGGCCAUACCGAUGGAAAGGACGUUCGUCGCGUUGACGAUUAUCUGCCUGAUUUUGUCCACAUUCAGUUUGGUAGCCGGGUUUGUAAUGGAUGUGAAGAAGUUUAAGGCACCGGAUGCCGGAUAUCACGGAUUGGCGGGAGUACUUCUCUUAAUUUCGGGAAUUCUCAUGAUCGUUGCCGCAAUUAAGAUUGAUGACGCCAUAAUGGAUGCGACUGGUUUGGGUGGCUUGUCUUGGAAAUUAAGUUCGGCAACAUCUAUGCUUUUGUCAACUUUGAAGUCCCCCCCGACGGGGAAAGAUAUCGUGAGCGAUGUAAAAGAUGAGAUCAGGAAAGAGUUGAAAUUUUACAAUAAGUUGGCAGGAGGUGGUUUGGCAAUAAUUGAUGGUAUCCUGUAUUUCGUUGCGGCUGGAAUAAUCGCUAGAUCAGGAUAAUUGACAGUUAACGACAAUGAUAUUUUGGAACAUUGCCUAUUAAUUUGUUUUAUGUACAUAUGAGACUAAAUUAUUUGAAUAAAUUACUGCCUAAUUUAUUUAUUUAUAUAUGUA